AUGGCACAUGAUAACAACACUUUUGGUUCUUCACUAUCUGUAACCGAAUUUGAGAUGGUGAAACAUAUCAUUGACAUGCCAGACUUAGAGGAGUUAAGGUUGUCUGAGUGCAGCAUCUACAAGAUUCCUUACAAUCUCCGAAAGGUGAACGUAGAUGCCUACACCCCUCAGUGGAUCUCAAUUGGUCCAAUUCACCUCAACAAACAUGAACUGAAGCCAAUGCAGGAGCACAAGAAAAGGUACUUCCACUGCUUCUGGGAGCGUGUCUCAAACGAACAAGCCAUGAAGAGCUACAAGAACUACCUCCAAGACAAGGAAGAAAACAUUAGAGAAUGCUAUGCAGACAAAUUCCCCGACAUCCCCAGAGAGAAAUUCGUGGACAUGAUGCUGCUGGAUGCUGUGUUCAUCAUGGAACUCUUGCUGAGAAACUGUCACUGGAAAUCUGACAGAUCCAAGCACGAGCAAGAGUACAAGCAAACCAAAUCGUUUAGGGUGAGGCACAGUGAUGAUCUCAUCUUGACACAGUCCUGGCUCAGCAGGAGCAUCACAAGGGACUUGAUCUUGUUGGAGAAUCAGAUACCCUUUUUUGUGCUUCAGAGACUCUAUGAUACUGUUGUUCCUAGUGACAGCAAGAAGGAGGAACACACUGCAGGGUUUGUUGAUCUUGCCAUCGAGUACUUUGCGUUCUAUGACACCCAAAUGUCUUCUUCUGCUGAAACCAAACGUGUUCUUGACAAGAACCAGUCAAGGAAAAACUACUUCAGUGGCUCACUCCGAAGUUCCAAUAAACAUUCUAGUAAGUCUAAGAGGAAAGAUACGUGCAAUAAGAGUACAAAACACUUCACUGAUCUGAUAAGGUACUUUUAUCUUCCCACAGAUUGGGUGCGCAAUAAUGGCUGUGCCCUUCAUGUGCUAAGAACGGCAACAAAGUUGCAAGAGUCAGGAGUGAGCUUUGAGAAAGAUGUAAACAGAAGGUUACUAGACAUAACCUUCGAGAAGAAGCCAAUUCUGAGUUCCUUGCUUUGCUUAGGUUGCUUGCCAUACUUGAACCACUUCAAGGCACGUUUUAGGAUCCCCCAGUUGAAGGUGGAUCACACAACUGAAUGUGUGUUGAGGAACCUCAUUGCCUUUGAGCAGUGCCACUAUCCUGACAAGCCUUACAUUUGUAACUAUGUUUCUCUCAUUGACUCUCUCAUACACACUCAGCUUGAUGUGGAGUUGCUGGUUGAGAGGGAAGUGAUUGUGCAUGAGUUGGGGAGUGAUAAGGAAGUGGCAACCCUCGUUAAUAGUCUAAGCAAACAUGUUGUAGCAAACUCAACAUGUUACUCUGAGACUAUCAAUGAACUCAACAAGCAUCACCAGAACGUUUGGAACCGCACCAUGGCAGCUUUGUGGUUGGUCUAUUUCAGAGACCCUUGGAGAGCAAGUUCCACCGUGGUAGGGAUUGCUGUGCUUGUUUUCGCCGUUUUCCAAUUCCUACGUGCCGUUCGUGCCGUGUUUGAUGGUAAAACUUAG